AUGGCCAAAUCUACACGCCAGGCUUGGCAAUCGUCGAUGCGCCACAACCCAACACGCCCCUCGGAGGAGGCAAACAACCUGCAAGUCGCAAUCGACGUGUCCGGCAAUGGCCAAUUACCAUGGCCGGCAUCAACUCAACCCGACUCAUCGACCCACUUCCACAACAUCACACUCUUUUUAACAUCCGAGUCGCACAACUUUACCAUCUCUAACGGCACAAAGCCCGCGUCUAACACAAGCUAUAUCGGUCCCAUUUUGGACCUGGAGCCCUCAUCCACAGUCAAACAUGUGAAUUGGAUUUGGCCCGAAUGCCUCGUGGGAGACGGCUCUGGCUCAAAGGACUCGGCGCGCGGGGCAUACAAUAUCUCUAUGCACCAAUCUUUCCGCUGGAAUGGGACCGAUUAUUAUACUCUCUUUGACCUGCCGAUCUCUGUCACCAACAGUAUACCCAAGAGUGACGAUCGGAUCGACUGCGAUCUACUGGAAAACAAGCUUCUUAGCGCGACGGAGAUCGGCGAGAGCUCGGAUUCGCUACCUGGGCAGCCGUGGAUUGAGGGCAGAGUUAGCACGACAGUAUCGAGCCCCGAGGCGACUCAGACAGGGUCGGGUAAUCGGUGUCAUUCGGGAUUCAGGAGAAUAGCUGGCAUUGCGAUUGCCGCGACGGCUAUUUUACAUUUCUUGGUUUGA